CCUCCUUUUUAGACACCAGCUCCACCCCACCACCACCGAGCACAAGACGAGAUGGAGAGGCCGGCGCCGGUGAGGAAGUCCCACACCAACACGGCGGACCUGCUCGCGUGGCCCGAGGGGGCGCAGCACGAGCUCGCCGACGCCGCCACGCCGCCCUCCAACCGCAGGCCGCACCAGCCGUCGGAGGCGAUCCACAAGGUGGUGUUCGGCGGCCAGGUCACGGAGGAGGAGGCAGAGAGCCUCAACAAGAGGAAACAAUGCUCAGCUCCCAAGUGGAAGGAGAUGACAGGAAGUGGCAUAUUUGCAGCUGGAGGAGAGGUUGAGGAGGAUGAAUCCGCUUCUGUGACGCCCGUCCGACCAGCUUCCAAGAAUUAUCAGGCAAUCAGCACCAUAAGUCACAUCUCCUUUGCCCAGGAUGAAAGCGUUUCUCCGAAAAAGCCAACCUCCAUAGCGGAGGUGGCAAAGCAGCGAGAGCUAAGUGGCACGCUCCUGAGCGAGGACGACAGCAAGCUCAAGAAGCAGCUAUCCAAUGCAAAAACGAAGGAGCUCAGCGGCCACGACAUCUUCGCUCCGCCAGAGGAUCCCAGGCCACGCAACUCGGAGAACGGCUCGACCUCACAGACUCCGGGGAAAAACGCGCAGGUGAGCAGCUUCAAGUUUGGAGAGGACGACACCGAUAGCGUGGUGAAGACGGCCAAGAAGAUCCCCACGAAGAAGUUCAACGACCUGACAGGCAACGACAUCUUCAAGGGCGACCCUGCGGAGGCGGCUCCCGGGACGGCGGAGAAGCAGCUGAGUGACGCCAAGCUCAGGGAGAUGAGCGGCAGCAACAUCUUCGCGGACGGGAAGGCGCCGUCGCGGGACUUCCUCGGCGGCAUCCGCAAGCCCCCCGGCGGCGAGAGCAGCAUCGCGCUGGUCUAACAGCAACCCCAUCCUGAUGGACAUGGACAUGACAGACAUAGCCAGCCUUACAACAUUCUUCGUGCAUCCCGUCGCCGUCUCGUCUCGAUCGAUCUAGGAGUGAGUGAUUGUUAGGAAGUGAGAUUUUUCUUCUUCAUCGUUGUUGGUGGUGUGACUGAUCUGUGAUCCCGAUUGGAACUUGUGGUUUGAUGGUUUUCUUUUUUCCUGA